GUGCGUCACAGUGACGUCAGCGCUGGCGUCUUCAGCUCGCGCGGACAGAGACGGCCAUAUUUGAGCGGAGCGUCCCGCGCGGUUCGUACGGAGCGGUCGGUCACCUGACUUUCACGCGCAUUUAACGGUCACACACGACGCAGAAAUGCCCCGCGGAAUAAGCCUCUAGUUCAACCACAUGAUAUCCUUUGGCCCCGCGCUGGAGUCCUCGCGUAAAAUGGAGGUGCAGAGCGUCAGCAGUGAGGUGAAUGGGCAUCAGAUGAUGGAUGAGCCGAUGGAGGAGGAGUCCUACACACACUGUGACGAGGGCGCUUAUAAAGAGAUUCCCAUCACUCAUCAUGUGAAGGAGGGCUGUGAGAAGGCCGAGCCCAGCCAGUUUGAGCUGCUCAAGGUUUUGGGACAAGGCUCCUUUGGGAAGGUGUUUUUGGUGCGGAAAUUAAUGGGUCCAGAUGCCGGUCAACUUUAUGCAAUGAAGGUGCUCAAAAAGGCAUCUUUAAAAGUGAGGGACAGAGUUCGCACUAAGAUGGAGAGAGAUAUUCUGGUGGAGGUCAAUCAUCCUUUCAUUGUGAGGUUGCACUAUGCCUUUCAGACAGAAGGGAAACUCUAUUUAAUUUUGGAUUUUCUCAGGGGUGGGGAUGUAUUUACUCGUUUAUCCAAAGAGGUUAUGUUUACAGAGGAGGAUGUGAAAUUCUACCUUGCAGAGCUGGCCCUUGCAUUGGAUCAUCUACACAACCUAGGCAUUGUUUACAGAGACCUGAAGCCUGAAAACAUUUUGCUUGAUGAAGCUGGACAUAUCAAGUUAACAGACUUUGGGCUCAGUAAAGAAUCGGUAGAUCAGGACAAAAAAGCGUACUCGUUCUGUGGCACUGUGGAGUAUAUGUCCCCUGAGGUGGUCAACAGAAGAGGUCACACGCAGAGCGCUGACUGGUGGUCCCUCGGCGUCUUAAUGAAACUGUACCGAAGAGAACUUCAGCCUCCAUUCAAACCUGCUGCAGGGAAACCAGACGACACCUUCUGCUUCGACCCAGAAUUCACAGCCAAAACUCCCAAAGAUUCUCCAGGCAUUCCCCCCAGUGCAAACGCUCACCAGCUCUUCAAAGGCUUCAGUUUUGUAGCUCCAGUCUCUCUGGAGGACAGCAGAAGUGCCCCGCUGGUCAACAUUCUCCCCAUAGUGCAGAUGCACGGAGGCAUGGCUCAGUUUGCAGACGUGUACGAGCUGAAGGAGGACAUCGGCGUGGGUUCGUACUCCAUAUGCAAACGCUGUACACACAGAGUCACUGCCAUGGAGUUUGCUGUGAAGAUCAUUGACAAAAGCAAACGCGACCCGUCAGAGGAGAUCGAGAUCCUGAUGCGGUACGGCCAGCAUCCCAACAUCAUCACGCUGAAGGACGUGUACGACGAGGGCCGCUUCGUGUAUCUGGUGACGGAACUGAUGAAGGGCGGCGAGCUGCUGGAUAAGAUCCUCAGGCAGAAGUUCUUCUCUGAGCGAGAGGCCAGCGCUGUGCUCUACACCAUCACCAAAACUGUGGACUACCUGCACUGCCAGGGGGUGGUGCACAGAGACCUGAAGCCCAGCAACAUCCUCUACAUGGACGACUCGGGGAACCCCGACUCCAUUCGCAUCUGUGACUUUGGCUUCGCCAAGCAGCUGCGAGGAGACAACGGUCUGCUGCUCACUCCCUGCUACACCGCUAACUUCGUGGCUCCUGAGGUGCUGAUGCGGCAGGGCUACGACGCCGCCUGUGACAUCUGGAGUCUGGGAGUCCUGCUCUACACCAUGCUGGCGGGGUACACACCCUUCGCUAACGGCCCCAACGACACGCCGGAGGAGAUCCUGCUGCGCAUCGGCAGCGGGAAGUUCUCCCUGAGCGGAGGAAACUGGGACUCGGUGUCCGACUCCUCGAAGGACCUGCUGUCUCAUAUGCUGCAUGUGGACCCUCACCAGCGGUACUCCGCAGAACAGGUGCUGAAGCACUCGUGGAUCGCCUGCCGCGACCAGAACCCACACUUCCAGCUCACUCGCCACGAGGCGCCUCAUCUGGUGAAGGGAGCGAUGGCUGCCACGUACUCCGCGCUCAACCACCAGACGUGUAAGCCGCUUCUGGAGCCGGUCGCUGCCUCCAGUCUGGCUCAGCGCAGGAGCAUGAAGAAGCUGACGUCUGCAGACAUGUCCUGAGGAGCCCUGACGUGCGUCUCGAGCUUCUGUUUCUCUCUGGGAGAGUGAAGAACACCAGCUCCAUCACGUGUUUGAAUGCUCUCGCUCCGAGACCCAGAGCUCACGAAGAAACGUCCAGCUCGUGUAGUUUGUGCAGAAAGUACAGGAAGCCUGUUUGUUGGACCAUUAAGAACAUUUCGUGACAAUCCAAUCCCGCAGAUUUCCUGUAUAUCAGGAUUGGUUUUCGCUAAAUUCUCCAGUAUGUGGUACGAGACGUUCUUCUAAAUGCUUUACAGGUGAAACGAUGUCUAGUUUUUCCCACAUGAGCUGAAAGGAGAUGAUAAAUGUGCUGAAUUGUCUAGAGCAUCACAAACAGGCUUGGUUUUCCUCGCGCACGAUACGCUUGUGACCUGCACAUUCCUCGCCGUUCUCCAUCUGUGAGCCACUUCCUGUCCCCUUAGUGUUGCGAAGCACAUGGCAUUACCUCAGAAGCACUCAGUGUUAGCGUCUCUUCGGCUCGGUGUAUAUAGACUCGUUCGUCGUGUUUGUGUGGAUCCCUGAGCACAUUUGCACUGAGGCUCGGCAGCUCGUCUGUUCCCGUCUCGGACCGCUCUUUGCCUUUUCUUGAAUGGGAAGUACAUGAGCAAAAGGUGGAGAAAUUAAUCUAUAUUUAUAAAGUCGAAUGAGGUGAGUGAAUGUAGAUGAGACUGAAUCCACGAAAUCGCAUCUCUCUGCUCCAGAUGGAGGGAAAAAUUAUUCCAUACAACUUUUUAAAGACAUUGUGGAAACUGUAUCAUAUUGUAUUUAUUUCACUUGUUUUUAAGAUUUUAUUUUUCUUUCAGGUGAUGUACAUAUUGACAUUAAAGAACAUUAUUGACAUGA